AUGGACGGACCCAUGAUGAUGCACUUCAGAGAGAUGCUUCGCUCCGGGAUCAAGGAGCCUAUUGCGAAAGAUUUCGCGGACGUGAAGACGUCCAUCGACAACGUGCGCUGGGACGUCGAGAGGCACGAAGGGCGUCCCAACAACAUGGGGAAGGAACUCAAGGACCUGCGCGAGGGACGUUCGGCGGCUCCCUCAUCCACGGUGUUUUCAUCGAUUGGGCAUCCGCUGCGCUUCUCUGGGGUCGAGAGCGCGUCGGCACAGCCGGUCGCGUCGGGGCCGAAGAGAGCGUGGGACAAGAUUUGUGUAACCACUGGCGGCUGGGAUCGGGAGACGCCCCGCGAAACCAUCCUGAACGAGGCUCGUGCGUUUACCGACGCCAUUCCCGACAAAGCAGAAGAUGGGGUGUUCGUCCCGCUCAAGCGUGCCAGUUUCCUGAAGGAGAUGACCGACAACCUUGGCGUUCAUGCGGCGGACCUCGCGCUAGACUACAUUCGUGGCAUCAUCUGGUGGAAGCACAGGUUCGGCGAGGUGGUCAAGACUACGGGCCUCAUGAGCUUCAAGGAGCAUGUUGCGGCCGACAUCAGCGCCCACGCGGGCGUGCACCACAGCCUGGUCGUGUUCCAGGCCGAGGAGUCCGAGGAGCAGGUGAGCUUCAAACUUACCAGCUGGAAUGCUCAGGGCAUGGCGAAGCACGGCGCCGAGUACUUCGCGGCGACGCUGCGCGAGCAGCACGACUGCGACGUGGCCAUCCUCCAGGAGUUUGGGUACUGGGGCAAGACUACGAGGCUGGAGGUUGGCGACGGGGACCUCUACCUGGCGGACGAGGCGCGCUGGAUUGAGGGCUUCCCAGUUGGACAGCGCACGCGUCGCGCCGAGAUGUUGACGAUACUACUUAUGCAGCACGACCUGGCGGCGACGGGCGCGUUCGCUGCGGCGGCCAGCGGGCCUACCUGCCACUGCGAUUUCAAGCGCCCUCCAGCCCAUAUCGAUUAUGUCCUGAUACCUGCUCGCGACAUCUGGAAGGCCAGCGCCGCGCUCGAGGAGAUUGCCGACAGCGCGCAGUCCGACCACUCGGCCAUCGAGCUGGAGUUCACCCUUGGCACCAGGAGGCGCUACAUCUGGAAGGUUCCGAAGCUCCCCGAGAGUCGCGGGCUCAUGCAGACGUUGCGGGCAUUGGGGGCGCGUCGGCGGGUCGCCCGCGACCGCGUGCAGCGCGCGAUCUACAGCAAGGAUAUCGCCAGGAUUCGCAGGAAGAUCUGGGCCGCGAACAGGGCCCUGCAGCGCUGCGUGCGCGAGGAUGUGCUCGGUAUCCCGCCCUUCUCGCCCGAGAUGUUCCGCGAGGCUCUGUGCGACAUGAAGGCCGUGGGGGCACUUGGGGUGGGCGGGGUGGCAGCCGAGGUCCUGCAGUCCUUCAGCUCGGCCUGGUCGAAGCACAUCAUCCAGCCCAUGAAGAAGAAGGGGGACAAGCACGCGUUUAAGGGGUACGGGCCGAUCACGCUUCUGACCGCCUUCGAGGAGCUCUACUCGGUCGGCCUGAUCAAGCAAUUCCACCAAGCGAUGUGCGUGAUCUUCAGCAUUCGCAUGCUGGCGGAGAAGGCCGGCCAGUGGAACCGACCCAUCUUCACCAUGGACGGCGAUAUCGAGGCUGCCUUCGGCCGCGUCUCGCACCGCUCGGUCGAGGAGCCACUGGGGGGAAGGGCUGUGCCAUGGCCCGUGAUCCUUGCCAUCGCGAGGGAAUUGAAGGCCUCGGCGGUGACCGAGAUGGGCUCGAUCCAGACGCAACCUGCGACGCUGUGCGAGGCGGGAUUUCUCUGCGCCGAGCACUGCUGGCUCUUCGCGGGUGCGGCCGAGUCGCUGUGCCAGAUGACGAUGGCCUGGCGGCGCAUCAAGCCUGUCUUGCUCUAUGGAUCGGGAUCGUGGUGCCCCGCGGUCGAGGCGCAUGGCCGCAUAUUCAAGGUCUGGCGUUGGGAAAUGAACCUCGCCCGACUUCUCGCCUCCGAUUGGCUCGCGGAUGCAGAUCAGUGCAGCAAGGCGGAGUGCAGCACAUCUUCGGCAGCGAUGCUCGCACGCGCCGCGGCGCUCGCGGCGGCGCUGUCGCUGGCCGCGGAAGGCCUGGCUCUGCAGGCCCAGCAGCCGGAGCUCGCCCAGGCGGGGGGCGAGCUGGCGGGCAAGCAGGAGGCGCAGGGGGAGUGGCCCUGGGGCCGCCGCGCGAAGAAGCAGGCGGAGGAGCAGCAGGCGGCCGCGCCCGCGCAGAACCGCGUGGCCGUGCUGGUCUCGGGCUCCGUCGAGCGCCUGCUGCUCGCGCCGCUCCUCCAGAACGUCGUGCGCCCCAACGCCCUGAAGGGCCUCCAGGUGGACCUGUUUUUCAGGCUGACGGCGCCCACGAAGUUCUCGAAGGCCGCCCUCAGCAAGCUUUCCGGGAGCAGCGACCCGAAGAUCGCGACCCUGAUUCAGACCGCGGACGAGACGAGCUUCAACUCCACGGUGAUGGACUUCAUCUGCACGUAUGCCGAGUCACAUCUCGCCGCCAGCUGCCAGUGGGACCUCGAGACGAGCGACCCGCUGUCCUUGCCCCCCGACGCGACCCACCGCCGGAUCAUGACUCAAACCAGUCCGCUUGACACCCCUCUGGGCAAGGAGGCCAUCACCAGGUGGCGUUCGUUGUCUCGCUUGUGGACUGCGGCACGCACCAAAGCCAAGGAGAUGCAGGAGCCCUACACGGCCGUCCUUGCGACGCGCGAGGACGACUAUUGGCUGGCCCCCCGCCUCAUUAACAUCGAGGACUUCCAGAUGGAUUCCAUGAAGGUUGCUGUGACCCCCUGCCUCCACUCCUCCGGCGUCCACGAGAAGACUGUGCUCAUGGGCCACGACGCCGCAGACGUGAUGCUGCGCAUCUACCAGGCGUGGCAGAAGGGCGACAUGAGGUUGGAGGGCACUCGCACGGCCGAGGAGGCUUGGUUCCGUCUCGCCACGGAGUCCGAGCUCAACAUGAAGCCCGAGCCCAUGAACGCAGCGUCGGCAUCGUACACGCACAGUGGGCUGCCAUGCUUCCAGGAAGGCACCUUCAACCUGAACCAGGACGAGGACUACGAGCAGUGCUUUGCCGAAAGCGCCGAGGACUCCCCGAUGACGAACCUCUUCAGGACGUUCAGCUGCGAGACCAUGAGCCCGCGGAUUUCUAUGACAUUCUCUGGCCGCAGCAGGUGA